AUGCCAAAUGACAACUCGACAACACGGUCUCCUUCAUAUUGUGAGCACGUCAACAAACGCUUUCCCGACUCACCUACUCCGAAAUCGCAAAAAUCUCAAAAGAGUUCAAACAAGGGAGCUCACUUAAGCAAACCGCCUCCGACACCUAUUCCACCGCAAGUUCUGUCAGUUUCGACUCCGAUUCCGACACAUAUUACUCCUUCAAUCGAAGAGGUACAAAUUGCUCCAAAAAUUCCAUUCAUUUACGAGAUACCGGUUUUUAUGCAUAAAUACAUCGACCGGAUCGUCAAUGUGGCGGAGGACGGUAAUUGUGGAUUCCUGACCGUAUCGGCUUUGCUUGGUAAGGGAGAGGAUGCCCAUGAGGUUGUCCGUCAUGAUCUUAUCAAAGAGUUGAUGAACCAUAAAGACUCGCACACGCGAGUAUUUGGCGACGAAGUCAAAUUUUCAUCGGUAAAUGAAGCUCUUGUUCCUUUGGGGGCGUCUACGUGA